UGCCACCUUGUUUCAAAAUUACUGUGUAGAGAGUCUACUACUCAUACUAUGCAAGUGCAAAGAGCCAGCGCCCACCUGCGAGUAGUAUCUGGCGUGAGUGUUCGUUCUCCUGUGAUGACGGCUGGGGAUCUCGAACUCUACCAAUGAAUCUCGCUCGUUUUUUUCUAGUAGAUAUAGCAAACCAACAGAGAGAUCUCAUGGGCUAUCUUUGGCGUCUUGGAUUGAUGAAUCGAAAACAAUGUUUAUCGGAGUCUUUCGUUGGGGUUCCUGGUUCGUUCGCACGCCAUGCCGGCAGUGACGAGCCACGGACAGGCGAGACACCGGUAAUGGGAAGCACGGAGACACCCGUCUGGCCUGUUCCUGCGUCAAAGGCGAGCACCAACGGGCCCAAUCAGAUAUCCUUGCUCACAUGGGCUGCCAGAAGUGGCCGUCUCAUGAGCCGCCGCCCAAUACCGUACUUGGCUGCAUACCAUACAGGUGCAGUACCUGCGAGCGUCGCUCUCGAGGAAUUCCUCAAUGGAGCGUGUAUGGACGCCUGCGGGGCCGGCAAUGAGGCACCGGAGCAGGCGCUGCCUGGCGAUGGGUUCUCCAUUCCUAGUCUGUUCAUCUGCUCCGAGGCUUUCAUGUAAUGAAU